ACGUCGUUGUCCGUUGAAGUGACGUCGGUGGAAGGUUAAUCAGCUGAUUUCGAGUGAUCGAAAAGAAAUAAUAAUAAUACGGAUUUAUUUGCCAGAAGACGUUUUACUCCAAAUGACAACUGAAAAUAUUCUGAUUGGACCUUGUUGACAUGCUUGAUUUAGCCCAACAUCAUGGACAAGAUUUUGGAGGGUCUCGUUAGCUCCAAUCACUCUGUUGCAGUGAAGAGAGCCAUAGUGAAGAAGGUAGUGGAAGCAGCAGAGAAAGAGGUGACAGAGGAGCAGUGUCAGGCACUGUUUACACUCACCAGCCGCCUCAUCUUACUCGGUGAAGAUGCCUUCCAGAAGCAGAUUGGUUUCCAGGUUCUUGAAGCCUAUGCACGCUAUCACCGGCCAGAGUUUGAGCAUUUCUUCAGUAGAGACUUUGUCCUCAGUCUGCUUCAGCAGGGCUAUGGGCAGCUGGACCACAGAGACCCAGCCAUUAUAGACUACAUUCACUGUUGUCUGCGGCUACUCAUCAGCUGCCCUUCUGUGCUGGAGAUCUUCAGCGUGAUCCAGGUGGAAGUUUUGAGGAUGGUGUGUGAACGUCCUGAGCCUGGUCUGUGUGCCCGGCUGAGCACUUUGCUGUCAGACUUCAUGCAGUGCAUUCCAAGGGAUAAGUCGGGCAUUUUAUUCUGCCAGCAGCUGGUGAGGACCAUCAGUUACUUCCACUGCUUUGCCAGCCAAGAGCGGGAACUGAGAGAGUAUGUAGGGCAGGUGACUAAGGUUAGCACACUGUUGCAAAACAUAUGGAAAGCUGACCCAGCCACCCUGCUGCCCUCGCUGCAGGAAGUCUUUGCAAUCAUUUCCUCCACAGACCCUUCCUUUGACCCAUCCAUCGCACUGGCCAGCCUGGUCCAGCAUAUCCCUGUCCAGAUGAUCACAGUGCUCAUUAAGAGCCUCACCACAGACCAGAACGUCAAAGAUGCAAGCAUGACAAAAGCUCUCUGCAGGAUGAUUGACUGGCUGUCUUGGCCUUUGGCCCAGCAUGUCGAUACUUGGGUCAUCGCUCUGCUGAAAGGACUGGCUGCAGUUCAGAAGUUCACCAUCCUCAUUGAUGUCACUCUACUUAAAAUUGAACUGGUUUUCAGUCGUCUGUGGUACCCCAUUGUGCGACAGGGGGCACUAGCUGUGCUUUCCCAUAUGCUGCUGAGCUUCCAGCACUCUCCUGAGGCCUUCCAUUUGGUUGUUCCACACAUAGUGCAUCUAGUUCAGUCCCUAAGGACAGAUGGUCUCCCCACCAGUAAAGCUUUCUUGCUGCAGUUUACUGAGCUCAUACACUGCAUGAUGUACCAGUACUCUGGUUUCCCUGAUCUCUAUGACCAUAUACUAGAAGUCAUCAAGGAUCUUCCAAAACCUGCAGAAGAGAAGAUCAAAUUGGUGCUGAAUCAGAGUGCCUGGACAUCUCAGUCCAAUUCAUUUGCCUCUGGGCUGUUGAAGCAAACUGGAAAGUCUGAGACUGGCAAGACAGGCUUGAUCAACCUAGGGAACACCUGCUACAUGAACAGCAUCAUCCAGACCCUCUUCAUGGCUACAGAUUUCAGGAGGCACGUUUUAUCAUUACAUCUAAAUGGCUCCAACACACUAAUGAAAAAGCUUCAGCUCCUCUUUGCUUUCCUUGCACACACACAGAGGGCAGCAUAUGCUCCCAAAAACUUCUUAGAAGCAUCUCGGCCUCCGUGGUUCAAUAUGGGCUCACAGCAGGAUUGUUCAGAGUACCUCAGAUUUCUUUUAGACAGGUUACACGAAGAGGAAAAAACUCUUCAGGUCCUGGAAUCAGCUACACCAAAAGCUGUCUCCCUGUUUGACGUGAACAGCAAGGACCCAACAAAUCUGAUUUCUGAGGACCACAAGGAUUCAGAUUUGACUCGAGCAGAAACUAAAUCUGCGAAUGAUGGAAAGACUUUAAUAGAAAGGAUGUUUGGUGGAAAGCUAAUUAGCGGCAUCCGCUGCAUGCAGUGCAACUGCAUAUCUGAGAAAGAAGAGCCUUUUACAGACCUCUCUUUGGCCUUUUGUCCAUCUGCCUCAUCUCGUAACAGUCCUAAACCGCAGGGGCCCUCAGAGGAGCCAAAAGUUCUCUGUCAGAGAUCUGUCAACGGUGGGAGUGAAGCUCCUGAGCAAGGUUCGGCCAACACUUCAGCAAGCAGUGCCCUUUAUGAGCCGGUAUCAAAUGAGCCGCCUCUUUCUGUGCCUGAUCUGGUGAACUAUUUCCUGGCUCCAGAGAUCCUGGAUGAAGACAAUGCCUACUUCUGUGAGAAGUGUAGCUCCCUCCAGCGGGCAGAGAGGACCAUGAAAGUGGUGUCUGCACCUGAGUACUUGAUCCUCACCCUGCUGCGGUUCUCCUAUGAUGCCAAAUGCCACAUCCGAAGGAAGAUUCUUGACAAUGUCACCAUCCCAUCAGUCUUGGGACUUCCUGUUCAUGCCCCUUCAACACCUUCACAGUGGUCCUCUGCUACCUCCUCUCCGUUACAAGUUGAUUCUCUUGAGAGCAGUGAAAAUCUGGCCAAGAAACUCAAACCAUCACAAGGAGAUGAAGAGGAAGAGAGGAAGGCAAGGAUAGAUGAAGUAGAGGGGGAAAACAGAGCAGGAGAGAUGCCAAUUCAGUCUGUGCCCUAUGUCCUCAGCUCUUUGGUGAUGCAUUCUGGUAUAUCAUCUGAGAGCGGUCACUAUUACACUUAUGGCCGUAACAUCAAUGGAGCAGAUGGAACACAGCAUCCAGCCAAUCACUCUCCUAUUAAAGAUGAUUUGGGGAAUGGAAAAGCUGAUUGUAGUGUCUGCACCUGCUCUGUCCUGUCAGCUCCACCUGAGCAAGGUGAAACAUUACCUAAUAAUGGCCAGGAGGCAAGGGAUUGGCUGCUGUUCAAUGAUAGCAGAGUGACAUUCACAUCUUUUCAGUUGGUGCAAAACAUUACUAAUCGCUUCCCCAAGGACACAGCUUAUGUACUUAUGUACAGGAAACAGGAGCUACCAGGGCAAAACUUGAAUGGAGGACUGAUUGCAAAUGAAAUGAGACAGAGUGCUGAGCCUCCCCUGCAAAAAGAACUACUAGAUGCUAUUAUCAAAGACAACAAGCUGUAUCUCCAGGAACAAGAGUUAAAUGCUCGGACCCAGGCUCUUCAGCCCCCUUCAUCCUCAUGCUCUUUCAGGCCCAACGGUUCAGAUGACAAUAACCCACCAGGGAGUUGUGGCCCAUCUGGUGGAGGAGGAGGGGGAGGAGGCUUCAAUACCAUUAGUAGACUGGUCUUCUGAAAACGGGGAAAGAAACACUGCAGGAAACACAGAUGAACUGGUGUUGACCGAUCCUGCAGGAUACUGAGCUCUCAUACUAUGUAUAGCUUAUAUCUCAAAAAAGAGCACUGACCUAAUCUAAGAUCACACAUCCACACACUCUUCAGUACUCACUUUCAUCCUUGAUUUGAAUUUACUUAAUCUUACAUGUUUAACAACUAUUUCUUUCCAUCCUUUUUUGCCAUAAUUUAAUUUUUUUCUGGGUUUUGAGCCUUAUACUACCCUCUAUUUCAAAAUGUAGUGGCUACUACUCAUUGGUGCAAAUAUAUUAUUCUCCUUAAAUAAAAUAAAUCCAGCGAAAUACAAUUUAAUUAAAAUAGUCUUCUAAAAAUAUUUCGAUGAAUUAAUAUGUAAGAUUGGGUUUGUAUAGAACAUGCUCAUAUAUUUGGUUUAUUUGAGUGUUUUUAAUAUUGCCUCAUACACAACACACAUGCAAAUUAAUGCAUGUACAGUUUAAAAAAACUUAAAGAACUCACCUGUUUGAUGGUUUUUGUUGUUUUCUUCAGAACACAGCUCAAACUUUCUGAUUUGCAUGCAGCUAGGCUUCAUAAGCUGUGGCAUUAUAUUUUUCAGGUAUUUUGAAUCUCUUUAAUGUGUGCAGUAUUGUUUUAUAAUUUUCAAAUCACAUGCAAUAAAUGUAAAUAUGACCUAAAAUGGAAUUUCUAAAACAUCCCAGAUAUCAAGAUGAUAUAUGGCAAACUUUUAAUAAAGGUAUUUUCAUUAUGCAGAAUGUUCAUUGCCGUGCACUAACCAUUAUGUUACUGUCUACAGAAAACUGAAUUACAAACUACUUAUUUGAGCAGAUUUAACAACAGGAAAUGGAUAGCAUGUGUGUGCAUUUUCUCUGACUUGAUCAUUCAGGGAGAUUUCUGUAUGUAUACUGAUUUUAUGUGCCUUUUUAUAUUUUUGGCAUACUUUUUAAAAAAGGGUUUGUCUCAAUUUACAUUUGAGCUGUACUGCAUUAUUCAUAAUGCUGUUCCCUUUUCCUAUUGUAAGAACCAAUGAGUAUGUGUUGUACUGACUUUGGAGUUAUUCAUAGUGAGUGGAGAUAAAAUGACAAGACUAAGAAAAUGAUUUGAAUAGAUAAUAAAAUACAACAGCAGAUGA